CCCGCACACGUGAAAUCGACGUUCACCUUUGGCAACGGAAGGAUUCCCCAGUGUCAAAAUCGGCUGAGCGCUAUGAGUGUGUAACGAAGUACACUCAUUCCCAACAUCAAGAUCGGCUAAUUCCUUCGAAUUUCUCCUCAACAUGGCGUCCGAAGCAUCUCCUUUUGUUCAACGCAUCAUCGACGUUAUUGAACACCAUUUUGGCAAGCAUGGGGUCACUCUUAUGCCACAGAAGCUUCUUGACGUUGCACGGAAGAUCGACUUCAUCAUCUGCGCUAGGUAUGGCAAGCCGUCGCUGGUGCAAAUUCACUCAGCAACCUUCUAUCUGUUCGCAAUACCAGAAUACGACGCGAACCUUGACCGCGGAUUCAAGGUUUCAUUAGUGUAUGAUGGCAACCCUAGGCCUGUCAUUAAUAUAUAUGUACGUGGGGAGGAAUACAACGCCGGUAGGGCGGUCGAGUUGUUCUUCAGCAUUGUGGAUGCAAGGGUCCUCAGCAUCCUUGAUGGCGAGACCCAGGAGUCGACUUGAGUGUUGGCAGCUGCAACCCAUCCAUCAGUACGUAACAGAGUAGAAAUACGCUAUUUACUGUACUGUAUGGAGGAGAGUCAGGCUAGGUACGAACGGAGCGGUUUGAUUAGCCCUCCCGUAUAGUACCUAUAAUGUACGGGGGUGUAGUAACUGUAUACGGAAAUUUAGAG